AUGAUAUUCUUCUUCGUUUUCGUCUUGCCUCUACUGUCUGCGUUCUCCGCGUCGGCAGAAGUACUAAGCGGGGGAAAGACUUGUUCAUGCGGAUUCUACGAUGACAAGACCGAGGAGCUAUUCACCGAUUCACUCAUUGUCUAUUUCAAUGAAACCAACAGCCUUCCGGCCGACCUUGUCACCGAGAGCUACGCCCAAAAGUAUGAGAAAGAUUGGAAUGCAGUAUAUCGCCAGGCAGCAGACCCUUCAAACGUCAGAUUCAACGAGAGCGAGUCUCUGCAAUUAUUCGUUCAGCCACCAACCAAAGAACACUUGGUGAAUGGCGCCAGUCUUCGCACAGCUCGGCGUGACAUUCACCAUGGCUCCUUCCGCGCUCUUAUCAAAUCACCAAGGCGAACGUUGCGUGGCUCUGCAAUGUCCAUGAUGUGGAAGUACAACGAAACCGAAGUCACGGAACUGAGUGUCAUGAAUACAGACAGUUCUGCUGAGGCCUGGGUCGGCACAUUUGUGAGCAAUGAGUUUACAGAACGACACCUGGGCAUGAACUACACACAGCUCCAGAAUGCCACGGCCGCCAAUCGGAACUACACGACACUCGAUGGGGGCCGAAGCAAUGGCAAUAUCGACCCAUGGGACUACACAGAAUACCGCAUCGAUUGGACCAAGGACUACAUCAACUUCUAUAUCGGCGGAAACAUGACCAGGCAAAUCUUGCACAAGAAGAACAAGGGUAUGCCGUCAGUGCCGUCUGCCUUGUAUUUCAAGCACUGGUCAACGGGCAACCGUUUUUCCAUGAAAGGCCCCCCUGGUCGAGAGUCGGUGGCUAAUGUCAAGUGGACUCGUAUGUUCUUCAACUCUUCAUCUAUGACCGAAGAGGCUCGCGCAGAGUUUGUUGCUCGCUGCCCGCUGACCGAAGCUUGCUCUGUGGAUGACCCGGAGUUGCGCGGCGCGACAUCCUUCACAGAGGUGGCCACUCAAAAGUGGAAGCAAGAAGGCAAGAAGAGCAUCAGACGUAUGCCAGCACUAUGGGUGUCCAUAGCAUGUCUUGCAUUCUCCUCGUUCUUGCUCAUUCACACUUUCAUAAAGCGUCUCGCGCCCAAGGUCCUCCAUAGAACCGCACCGAAAGCAGCGGGACCCGCAGCCGCGUCCCCUGCAAACACGUCCUCUGCUUCGACCAUAGCCGGAGAAAGCGAGAAGAAUCCGUUUGAUGACACCACAAACCCCAUUUCGGAGAAGAACCCCUUUGCGGAUUCCACUCAGUCCCUCGGAUCCAGCAAAUCGUCUGUUCGCAGCUCUGCAAAUCCGAGCUCCGGAGUGCCCAGUAAGCGCACCUCGGAUGAUGAUCUUGCCAUUGAACCAAUCGAGCCAAGUUCGGGUGCGUGGGCCAUGAGUGGUGGUUCUACUCCAAAGGCAGGUAUAUCGCGCCAAACGUCCUGCAUGUUCGACAGCCGCGAGCCCACGCCAUGGAACAGCAACUUCAACGUCACCCGAGAGGAACUCGUACCGCCCAUGCCAGGUGUCGACUCUCAGCUCACCCUGGCCAUGCCAGGAGGUCAAGCCCGACAAGCCUCGACAGACAAGAUUGCCAUGGCGGUUGUCACGGAGCCUGCUUUGGGCCCUGCUCCACGCAUGCAUGCCCACCCACCCGCCAAACGCGAUCGUAUCGACUAUCUUGCCGGCUUGACAGCCAUGUGCGCAUUAGUCGUUACUGUCAUGCAUUUCGGCCUCACGUUUGUGCCUGCCAUGGUGAUUCCCGGUGCGGCCGAACACCACAGAUCGGAAUACUGGGCGCAGAAGAUCAUAGCGCCGUUUAUCCUCAACCAAAUGUGGCUGGGCGUCUUCUUCACCACAUCCGUGCGCUUCCUCACCUCGUCGUACUUCAAGACGGGCAAUGUGGAGAAUAUUGCAAAGGCAGCGGUACGCAGGACACCGCGUCUCAUGAUCCCCGUGGCCACGAUUGCGUUGCUCGAGUAUUUUCUCAUUGAUAUCGGGGCUACCUCUUACCUGCGCUAUAUUCCCAGUCUGACGUGGUCGACAUGGCCGUACGUGACACGGUACGAGAAUUUCGGACAGUACAUUUCCGAAGUCAUUGAGCUCGUCUUUUUGAUUCCAAACGCCGUCCCACAGAUCACUUUGCAUUACUGCACGGGUGUGCUGUGGACAAUUGCCGUGCAACUCCAAGGCUCCUGGCUCGUCCUCAUCGGCGCCAUCGUAGUGCGCGAAAUCAAAACACCGUCGAAGCGCGUGGCGCUGUACGCCUUUUGUCUGGUAUCGCAUUGGUACGCGCAAUCGUGGGGCGCCUAUCUCUGGCUGGGUCUCCUGCUGACCGACCUCGACGUGACGUACAAAUACAAAGACUACCUCAACAAACGGCCGCUGGCCUACUACCCCUUGCUAACGUUUUGCUGGCUCUGUGUCGGCGCCGGCUUCGCCGUAAACGUGAUUCCCAAUUGGAGCAACACCAGCUUCAACUUCACAACGGCUGAACACGACAUCCACCCUGACGCCUUGACCGCAGAACCCCUCGUUAACACGCCGCGCGCAGGCUACCCGGAAUACUUCACCCCGCGCUUCAACGGCAUCCUCUUCGCAGGCGGCAUGCAAGCCAUAGUCGAGCUCUCGGGCGCAGUCCAAUGGUUCCUUUCCACCGCGCCCUUUCUCGCCCUCUUCCCCCAUGUCUUCACCCUCUACCUCGUACACGGCGUCGUGUUCUGGACCUGGGGCUCCUGGCUGCUCGUCUUCCUAGCCGCCCGUGGCUUCACGUACGGCGUCAAUGUGGCGGUGGUGGGCGUGACGUCGUACGCGCUGUUGUUUCUGUGCUUGCCGGUUAUUACGCCCCUGGUCGAGGCGCUGGGCAAGGAUGUAACGAGUUUUGUGUGGAUGACGGCGCAGCAGAGGAGUCCGCCCAGGCGACCGACGUUGUUUCCUUUUCCGAAGGAUUUCUUUACGGCGAGGAAGGAUGGCGCGGAUGGGGGUGUCGAGGGCAGAGAUGUUGAGGCUGGUGUGCAUAGUGGUCGGGUGGGUAGUACUGCUGGUGUUGGUGCUGGUGCUCCUCCGAGUAUCAGUAAAUCUGCACCCUCUCCUACACCUACUGUCACUGCAACAACACCUUCGUCAACUCCACCUCCCCCCCACCACUCACCCCCCGUCUACACCACCGAGACCGAGCAAGCAGAACACCGGAACCGUACCGGCAGUCGCUUUUCCACGGGGUAA